AUGAACCAAGUGAGCACAGAAGUAGCGAGGAGGACAUCAGGAGCCACCGGUCAGUAGAGGAGAAUGGAAAAGAAUGAUGCAAAUGGUAAGGGACCACGGCCCAUACUGGGUUAGCGUCGUUGGUGGGCGCGCAAAAUCUGGCGGGUCAUAGGCCGAGUGCGUUGACCCCACCGAGGGCUUGCCGCUUGCCAUUUGCUCCUCCAACAGUUAUCGAUUUUCUUCUUCAGCUCGUCCGGACCCAACAUGGUCAGAGCAUGCUUGACGCAACUCGGAAUGAUGAAGUUCUGAGUUGACUCCAGUUUUUAUCUCUAGGUCAAUUAUGAAACUUUCAAGUUCAACAUCGAAAACUAUUAGAAAAAAAAACCUCAGAUUUUUAGGAGUCAAAUCAUCAAGGAUAAAAAAGUUAAUAGAAAGUUACCAAUACCUGGCAUUUCGAACUACGGAUCCUCCCAGUCUUGUUUUGCCAACGGAAUACAUUUCCAAAAAACAAACAAAAGAGAUUGUGAAUAUUCCGCAUAAUCAAGGACUAUGUUUGUUUUCAAAUGCAAAACAUGUAGACCAAUUUUUUUCAAAGCCUUUUUUUGGAAAAAAAUAUUUAGAAUAAAGAAAUUCCAAAUUUGACAAUUAUUCUCACUUCGUUCAAUUUUUUUCAAGGCACAUGAAAUGUGGAAAAAAUUUUAGGAUUCUUGAGUUUUUUUCCGGUAAUUUACUAGAGUAAUUUGUUUACUAAAGGAAUAAUUUAAACUAUCAGUCGAGGCAAUCACAAAGCAGAUGCGUACCUAAAACAAUAGAGGCUCAAAGAACAAUUGCCUGUCAGAGAAGAGCGGCGAAGAGCAAAAGUAAAAGUGUGAAAACCGCCGCGCGGAUUAAUAGCUCCGCAAGCACAAAGUUAUUAAAAGGAGACGCAAAGAGUGAGCCCCAAUGUUUGAUUUAGGUCAAGAUACCUAGCGGCAAACAUUCGGUGAUUUGCAUAAGCGAAUUAGACUGAAGCCGUGAAAAGUCCGGCGCACAGUUCCACUGCCGUAGCUGCCAGCAGAAAAAAGAAGAGCUCAAGAAUUUGAUCAGAAAAAUCCUGAUGAAGAUGAUGCAAACAUUUGAUGCUCUCAACAGUGAUACCUACGCAAUUCGUAUUGACACACACUUAUCGGAAAGCCGACAGAAAAAUCCGCGUUAAUUUGAGUGUCCGCCUAGAUUUAACUAGAAGAUUCACAAACGGGACAGCGAGAUCCUAUUAUUGAUUGAUAGAAAGUCCUGAAAUUCUGAGUUCGGUGUUGUCUUUGGUGUGCGAAAAGCCUCUGACGCUGUGAGUGACAGCACCGCAAACAAUGAAAAUAAAAAAAAGCGGAUUGUACUACGAAAACGCUUUUCUUCAUGCUCAAAAAGUGUGUAUUUUACGGUUAUCUCAAAACUUCUUACCUUUUUUAAUGUGAUAACUUUUGAAAGGGAUGUAAUUUCUAAUCAGAACUCCAGGGCAAGUAUUGUGAACUUUUUUUGACAGACGAUUUAUGGCAAAGCCUUUGAAUUAUAGUAAUAAGUUUUCCGAAAAAAACCCUGCUUUGUUCAAUUCAAAUUUUCUCACGAUAUUAUUCCUAACUUCUAUGAUUCAUUUUUUUUUCGUAAUCGCGUAUACCGAGAUAAAAUAAAAUUUCCUUCCAUCACGGAAAAAUCAAAAAAAUAUUACGUUUAAAAAAAUACGUUCUUUGGACUUAGGACUUAGGACUAUCUUACAGAAUUUUUUUGUUAGCUUUUUUUCGGGAUUUUUCGGAAGUCGGUUUUUUUGUUUGCAAAAAAAUUUUUUUCUUUUUGAUUUUUGAAAUACAAGAAAAAAACGUUCCAACAAUCCCUCAAUUUUCAGUAAUUGUAAAUUUCGAAUUUUUUUGAUCAUUUUUUUCAAAAUAAUAACUUUACUAUUUUUUUCACGUCUCAAAUAAUAAAAAAAUAAGAGUUAAGACAAAUUUUUUUCCUUUAGAAAAAAAUAAAGUGAGAUUCUGUCUAAGAUCUCUUCGUGAAAGUUUGCUCUUCUCGAUCUUCUUUUUUUUUCAAUCAAAAACCGUGGAAAAAUAAUAAAUACUAAUUUAUGAGUGAGAAGCGUAUCCGAUGCCAGGGUGGAAAUUGAAAAAAGAAUCCUACUUUUCGUUAUUCAAAAGUUGUAAAAUCCAUUAAAUUCUCCAUCCAAAACUCUAAACACGAUACGCAAUACGAAACAGCACUCGAGACGGCGGACAUUGGUACCUAUUCUGUCGAGAAGAACAAUGAAGUCCAACAGAAGAGCAAGCAGUUGUGUGGCAAAUACGCCGGUCCCUAUGGCGAACGGAGGUCCGCGGCAGCUCACAAGUCGCGACGGUGGAAUGGAAAAGAAUGAAACAGAUCGACGAAGAAUGCGUUUCAUCAUUUCCCCGCCUCCGUGCCAUUAGGCGUUUCAAAACAAAACCGUGAUCCAGGUCUGCACCAAAUUUGGCACCGCCCACAGCUUUUUUCGGCGUGCUGUACUGUCAGCUGAUGACGCACUGCUAA